AUGUCUCGGUACCACAACACAUCCGGUCAAGGUACCACAAGACACACAAUCCGGUCAAGGUACCACAAGACACACAAUCCGGUCAAGGUACCACAAGACACACAAUCCGGUCAAGGUACCACAAGAUACACAUUCCGGUCAAGGUACCACAAGACACACAAUCCGGUCAAGGUACCACAAGACACACAAUCCGGUCAAGGUACCACAAGACACACAAGCCGGUCAAGGUACCACAAGACACACAAUCCGGUCAAGGUACCACAAGACACACAAUCCGGUCAAGGUACCACGAGACACACAAUCCGGUCAAGGUACCACAAGACACACAAUCCGGUCAAGGUACCACAAGACACACAAUCCGGUCAAGGUACCACGAGACACACAAUCCGGUCAAGGUACCACAAGACACACAAUCCGGUCAAGGUACCACGAGACACACAAUCCGGUCAAGGUACCACAAGACACACAAUCCGGUCAAGGUACCACAAGACACACAAUCCGGUCAAGGUACCACAAGACAGACAAUCCGGUCAAGGUACCACAAGACACACAAUCCGGUCAAGGUACCACAAGACACACAAUCCGGUCAAGGUACCACAAGACACACAAUCCGGUCAAGGUACCACAAGAUACACAAUCCGGUCAAGGAAGAAAAAUCGUGAAUUAGGAAAGAGUUGGGAGAAAACUGCAUUUAUUGGGAAGAUACCCAUUGACGACCCAAAAAGCCCUCAGACAAAGCCCCUUAGCUACUGUAUUUCUAUCAAUCUCAAUAACUCUGAUUAA